AUGCAAGACACCGCGGCGGCCUCUGAAGUCGCCCAGCAGCCUUCCGCGGGAAUCGCGGUCGCCCCCCAACCGCCCCUCCGCGAACCUGACAAGGCCAAGAAUGCGGCCAACCAUCCACCUCCCGCGGAGGAGCGCCGCGCGCACGCCCACCAGCGCGCACACUCACCCUACCGCGACGCCCCUCCGCCGCCACACCCGCCGCACCGCGCGUUGCAGCCGCCCUCCGUGAGCCCUCUCCGUCCGCCGCGGCCACGUCACCACUGGCGAUCCGCGUCAGUCAGCGCAGCGGAAGAGAUUGCGGCGGCGGCAGCAGCAGCAGGAUCUGAUCCCGCCGACCACGCCGCCAUGCGCGCCGAGGAUGACGGCGAAAUCGCCGUCACGUGCUUCGGCGCCUCCGGCAGCCGCGGACGCGCGUGGCUCGGCGGAAAGGCCUCCGCCGUAAGCGGCGCGUCCGCCGCGACGCUGGCUCCGUCCGCCUCGAAGCGAUGGCGGCGGCUCAAGGAGCAAUGGCGGCAGGCGGAGGGGCAGGGGGAGGGGGAUUCCGGGGAGGCGGAGGACGGGGAAGAGCGUUUGGAGGCGGGAAUAGAACACGCUGCAGCGAGCGCUGAGAGCAGCAGAAGUAGCGGGGGUUUGAACGGGGGCGCGGAGGACGGUGGCGCAGAUGCGGGGAGAGCAGCGCCCUCUGAGAAAAAACCCGCGCUGAGGGGCAGAGCGGGGCCGUGGGGCUUCCGCUCCUUUUCCAUCACCGCCACUACCACCCCAGCUUCCGAACCUGACUCUUCCGAAGGUACUUCCGAGGCUGGGCCCGGGGCAGCGGAGGGGGGGGUGGUGAUGAACAGGCGCGGUGGGGUGGUGAAGAUGAUGCGAUCCGUCUCCACCAGCCACGCUCGCGCGUCGCCCUCGCCCGCUCUCCCCGCCCCUCCUUCCUCCCCCUCCUCCGCCUCCGCCUCCGCCUCCUCGUCCGCCUCCUCCUUCCCCCCCGUCCUCUCCUCCUCCUCCGUGGAUUCGUCAGUGUCGCGCGCUGUCCCCCGCCUGCCGCAUCUCUUCUCGCUGGUCAAGCGCCCGUCCUUCGCCCGGCCCACUGCAGCCCGUGCUGCUGCUGUUGCCACCAGCGACAGCAGCAGCGGGGAAGGCGGUGGCACUAGCACUGGCACUGGCACUGGCAGUGGCACUGGCACUGGCACUGGCACUGGCAGUGGCAGUGGCUGUGUGCAGAGCACCGCGAGCAGCUCAGGGGCUGGUGGGGGAAAAGAAGACCCAACCGCACCUGACGGCACGCACGAAGCCCUUUCAGACACAGCGGGGCGGCGCAGCGCUAGUGCCAUUGGUGCCGCUGCUGAGAGCAGUGAUUGCAGGAAUUGGAGCGGCGAGUUGCAGCGCGGUGGUGGCGGUGCGGGCCCAGCAGCAGCCCUGCUCCGCAUGCCCAAGUCCCGCUCCGUCUCUGCCGCCCUGCCCUCCCGCCCUCCCGCCACACGCACAGCUCCACACGCAGGGGGCUCGGACGCAGAUAGGCCGGGUGACGGGCGGAGGAGCGCGGGAUCAGGGGAGCGUGAUCGGGGCGGUGAGCGUGGCGAGGAGUCGGCAGGCAGGGGGCAGGUGAGGGGGCACCGGCACAGCAAGUCCCUGCAGCACGUGCCUGCACCACUGCCCCUGCUGCACAGUGGGGACGGAGGGGGUGGUGUGGCGGCAGGGCAGGGUGGUGUAGUGGCGUGGGAGUGGGGUGCACCGGAUGCAGUGCGCUGGUUGGACGGCCACUCGCGCCCUCCUUCCGCUGCCAGUCUCGAUCACCCCCUCUCCGCUCACGCGCCCACCACCUCCCCUGCCCCUGCCGCCCUAGCUGCUGCCGCUCCUCCCGAGCCUGUUCAGCGAGUUAGCUCCGUGCCCGGAGCGGGUGUGCGCCCUAGGCUAGCCAAGCUGCCUGCUUCGGGGUUAGGCUCGGCGGCCAGGGGUGGUGUGGCGCCGCUGGUUGGCGCUGCAAGGAUGUUCCGCAGCGCCAGUGAGGGGGGCGCGGGGCAGAGGGGGGCAGGGCGCGCGGAGGGGGCAGGAGGCGGAGCAGCAGACGCAGCAAGGGGUGCAGUUGGGGGCGCAGGGGCAGCAGCAGCGCGGCUGUCACACCUGGGGUCGUACCGGCAGGGGCUCAGAUGGGGCGGGGGCGAGGGCGGGGGGAAGGGCGCAGGCGGGGCGGAGAGAGAAGCUGUGGGUGGUGGGAGGGGGGGAGCAGGUGAGGGAGCAGCAGGAGGAGGGAGAACGAGUGAAGGUAAUGUUCGGGUGGUUUGCCUUACAGAUGACAUGCAUUCUGCUCGCGAUCCUUCCCCUGCCGUCGCCACUGCGGAUACGAGAGCAACAGCGGCAUCAGCAGGAUCAGGCGCACGUGCAGGAGAGCAAGGGGCGCUGCCUGCAGCAGCAACAGUUUCCUCUGCAAGCACAGGAGGAGGCGCUGCUGUGGCUCUGGUGGGAGGGAAGGCUAUAGUGCGCGGGUCCAUCAUAUCGCUCCUGCGCACGCGUACCCCUGCCACCACCAGCAGCAUCAGCAGCAGCAGGGGACCGCAGCAGGAGAGUGCACCCCCUGUAUCCUCCUCUCACCGCGCUGCACCUGAUACUCCAGGCUCCGCUGCUCUGCACUCGCCCUCCUCCCUUGUGGACAGCCCUGGUCCCUCUGCCAGCGAGCACGGCACCACGGCCUCUGUGCUCUCCCCACUCGCCCCCGCACAGGUGGUCUUCGUGCCCCGCCUGCUGCCACCCGCCGCCGUGAGAGCACCCGCGCUGCGCUCUGCUCCUCACGAGGCUGAGGGGGGACGCCCUGUGGGGGCAGCACCUGCCGCGGCUGCUGCUGCUGCUGGCAGUGGCAGUGAGGGAGGCGGGGGCAGGGUGGGGCGGCACCGGCGAGUGGAGUCGGACCCGUGUGUGGGGGCAGUGCUCAGACGCACUGGUGAAGGCCGGUGGGGCCAGGGCUCCAAGAGGGGUGGCGCGCAGAGCACAGGAGCCACAGGGGCCUCGUGGGAUGUAAACGGUGGGGGGGAGGGUGAGGGAAGAGAGGGCGGAGAGUUCGGAGGGGGGAGUGGAAGUAAGGGGGGUGAUGCAGCAGAGGGUCCGGCCAAGGCCAUGGUGCUGGGCGGGAUUGUGAUUGCGAGGGGGCGCGGGGAGCACAGCACGAGCGCCCCUGCUUCUGGGGGUGGUAGCAGUCGGGGCCGGCACCGGGUGGGCAGGGGGACAAGGGGGCUGGGUGGCGGGAAGGGCGGAGGGGGAGGGGGAAAAGGAGAGGAAACUGGAGGGGCGGAGGGAUGGGGGGAGGGAGGUGUAGAGCCUGGGGAAGGGAGUGUGGUGGAGCGAGGGGCGUGGGGCGGCAGAGGGGCGAGGGGAGUGUAUGGGAUGGACAAGGUGCUGGCACAGCUGGCACGGCUGGAAGAGGACAUGGCUGCCAAGGGUAAACCACCCCCGAAAAACACCAGCCGGGGAGCUGCUGCUGCUGCGGUGGCGGCAGCUGCUGGUGGAAGUGGGGGCGGGCGCGGCAGAAAGAAGGGAAUGCGAAAGCAGAAGGGAAGGGCGCGUGAGAUGAUGGGAGGUCCUGACGAUGGCAAUGGUGGUGUGAGAGGCACGCAAGGUGCACGGCUGGUGGGGCUGCGUGCAGCACAAACUCAUGGGCCAGCCGGGGAGGGAGCAAGGGGAGCCUUGAGAGGAGUAGCAGGUGGUGCAAAAGGGCGUGCCUCUGCAAGUGCCUCUGCAUGGCCCACAGGGGCAGAGGGACUUGCGGGGUAUGUGGGGAAUGUGGGGGAGUGUCACGGUGACGAGUGGUCGGAGGCGGCAGCGGGAGAAAGAGGGCGAGGAAAAGAGAAGGGGGGAGGCGGACAGAGAGACUUGGAGGUUGCACGGGGCGGCGAGAUUGGCAGCUCUGGUGGCAGCAGCAAGGUAGGGGAGCAGCGAGUGGUGGAAGGUGCAGUGGAGGAGGAUGGGGAGGACAGCGAGGCAUGGGUGCAGGAGGUGCUGCGGCGCAACAAGGCUGUGCGCAUGCGCAUGGGGGGAGCGAGGGCGCAGGGGCAUGGGGGCGAGCAGGGGGAGGAGCAUGGGGAGGGCGGGAAAGGGGGAGAAGGCGGGGAGCAUGAGCAGUGUGGGAGCUACAGUGAGGAGGAGGAGGCGCAGCACCGGGCAGCGCAGUGGCUGAGGCAGCAGGGCGCACCGGAGCCAUGGGCACACGCUCUCAGCCUGCGCCUGCACCGCCUGGGCGGCAGCUGGGAGAGCGAGGACGUUGUGGUGGUCGACCACCAUGGGCGGCAGGUCGCCCCAGGGGGAGAUGGCCGGGGGAGAGGCGUGCAUGGGGUGGAGGGCGCGGUGGGGAUGGGCGAAGGGGGGAGCAGGGGCGAGGGUGGGUGUGGGGAGGGAGGCGUGGGGGAGGGCCCGGAGGGGGCGGGGCGUGGGUGGCGGAGGGUGGAGUAUGAGUACGGGGCGCAGUACGAGCUGCUGCGCAUCCUGAGUGGUGGAUUUGCUGAAGUGAAGGAGGGAGAGGAGGAGGAGGAGGAGGGAGAGGAGGAGGAGGAGGAGGAGGAGGAGGAGGAGGAGGAGGAGGAGGAGGAGGAGGAGGAGGAGGAGGAGGAGGAGGAGGAGGAGGGAGGAGAGGGGGAGGAGGAGGGAGGAGAGGGGGAGGAGAAGGGACACGAAGGGAGUGUGGAAGGUGUGGGCAUGGCAGUGGGACGUGGAAGGACAGCAGGAGAGCGAGCUUCCGCUGACUAUGAUUGUGACGACAACCCUGCGUCCACACAGCUGCAGCAGCACGGGCAGCGGCAACGGCAGCGCCCGUGGCGGAGGCAGAGAGGGAGCAAGCAGUGGCAGGGACAGGAGGAGGGUGCAGGCACGAGUGGCGAUGUGGCGGGUGGGGAAGAGGGUCGUGACUGGGAGGCGGGGAGAGAUGGAAAGGUGGUGACCACGCAGUUGCAGCAGCGGCGGCAGCAGCAGGAGGAGAAAGAGGAGGGAGCGGAGUGGGCGGUGGGUGCAGAGGGGUGCGUGGAUGGGGGGAGUGUGUGUGGGUCGCUGGUGUGUGAGGAGGGCAGCAGCUGCAGAAGCGUGGGCGAGGUGCAGGGCAGCUGGCAUGUAGCAGCAUUGGAGCCCACGGGUGACUCGCCUCACAUGCGUGCAUCUGUGCCCGCUGCUCCUGAUGGCGAUGGCGCAUCCCUGCGGCACCAUGCGAAGCAGCAGCAGCAGCAACAGCAGGCAGAGGGGCUAAAGCGGGGAGGGCAGGGAAGGGAGGAGUGGAGGGGGGAGGAUGAGUGCGAGGAGGAGCAGAGCCCGGAGGAGGCAGCAAGCAGGUGUGGCACGGGUGGCAGCACGGGCAGCUGUGUGGUGUGGUCUGUAGGCAGCCGCCACCAGCACGGGUUCCCUCUGUGGGAGGAGCCCUCUCCUCGGCCCUCGGAGUGUGCUGGGGAGGGGGUUGCAGAUGCAGAGGAGGUGGAGGAUGGGUAUGGAGAGAGGAUGGAUGACUUGAAGGCCCACGUGGGAAGAAAUGGCCAGUUUGUGGGGAAUGGGGGGGAGAGAGAGGAGAGUGAGUUUGAGGGGGAAGGGGAUGAGAAGGAUGAUGGGGAUAUGGGAGGGUGCAUGGAGGAGAGCAUGAUGUUGAUUUUCUUGAAUUUCCACCUUGUUCCACACACCCCGUGCACAUCUCUCCCUGUUCCCAAUCUCACCUCCUCGCCCUCACCGCACGUGUGCUCUUCCCGUUUUCUCCGCGCUUCGCGUACUUUCGCCGCUCCCCGCAUCGUGCUCAUCCGCCGCUGUGAUCGCGCCAUGCUGGACGAUGAGGUGUUCGAUGACGUGGAUGGAGGCGGCGCGGACUUCAAGGAGUGGGACCGCGAGGCGCAGGUUCGCCGCGACAACUUCGUCAAGCUGGGGUACCGCGACGGCAUAACGGCGGGCAAGGAGGCGGCGGCACAGGAGGGGUUCAACGCGGGGUUCCGCGAGAGCUGCGCGCACGGCUUCCGAUGGGGGCACGCCAGAGGACUCGCCAGUGUGCUCUCCUCGCUGCCCCCGGACGUGGCAUCCCAUGUGCGCGUGCCCUCCGCGCCCCGCCACUGCAUGGCGCAGCUUGCCCGCGCCAUGGCGCUGCAGGGCGGGGAGGUGGGGGGGGUAGAGGGGCAGAGGGCGGAGGGGAGUGGGGAAGGGGGAAGGGGGGGCAGUGAGGGCGGGGUGGGCGGUGAAGAGGGGGGAGCGCGAGCAGAGGAAGCAAGCACUCGUGUGGUUACAGCUGCCCUGGCUGCUGUUACUGUGGGGACUGGGGAGAAGGAGGCUGAGGGGAGUGGGCCAAGGGGGGGACAGGGUGGCAGCGCGGAGCAAGGGGUUGGUGCGAGUGGGGCGUCAGGCGCACCAGGUGCAGCACAGGGCGGGGCCUGUGGGGACGGAAAGGGAAUUGCUGCUGGGAACUGCUGCGGUGGUGGUGGGUGUGGAACUGGCACUGGCAGUGGCAGUGGGUGUGGGUGCGGCAAAGGGGCGUGUGAAGCAGGGGCGCAUACCUCGUGUGCCUGCCAGCAUGCGUCCAGAGGCGACUGUGGUGGAACCGGUGUUGCUGACAGUGCAGCAGACGGUGCUGCAUCGAUUGAACAUUUCUCACAUGGGCUGGUGGCGGAUGGGGCAGAAAGGACUAGCGUAGCAGGGGAGGAAGGCGAGGGUGUGUUGCAUGGGGACAGUUUGGCUGCCGCAAGUGCAGGAGGGCAGGGUGAAGAAAGACGGAUCAUGGAUGGAGAAGCAGGGGACAGGGUUGAUACAGUCACAAUCGAUUCAGUCACAAUCGAUGCAGGCACUCCAGGUGAUGCCGUGCCGGCAGCAAGCAGCAGAGGUGAGGCGGGGGGUGCUGCUGCAGCUGUGAGUGGUGACGCAUCCGUGCCAGCUGGCAGCGUGGCACAGGCUGGCAGGGAAAGCGGAGCAGCCGGACCUGCGGAGCCAAGCACUCUGUGGAGGAUGGUGGGGGAAGGGGCUGUGGUGGUGGGAGGGGCCACGGUGGGUGGGGGUGUGGCAGAAGGUGCAUUGGCAGGGGCAUCUGCGGCGUCAGUAGUGCAAGGCGUGCACGCCUCUGUGGUGGCAGGAGUGGCAGCACUGCUGGGGGAUGAUGCAGGGAGAGUGCCGGAAGGAUGGACAGACAUUCUAGACGGUUGA